CGGGCGCUCCGCCCCGCGCAGGCGCCCGGGGCGCUCUAACGCGCUGCGGCCGUGCUGGCGGCGCGCGUCCCGCCAUGCCCGCGCGCUGCAGGGGACUGAGUGAGUACAAGAGAAACUUCAAAUGGAAAACUCCAGAGUUUUGUAGCCCAUCACAACAGCAGAAAUCCUUGUGGGCAGGACUUCGGUCGGAUCAGUUUGGAAUCACACGAGAACCAAACUUCAUUUCCAAGAGAAGGGUACCUUACUAUGAUCCACAGAUUUCAAAGUCCUUUGAAUGGACAGCAGAUUGUGAUUUGAAUGACCCACAUGAAACCGAAGCUCUUAGGACUGAAGAGUUGCACACGGACCACAACAACAAUGAUGUGAAUCGGGAAAAUAUUGAAGCACCAGAAGGACCCAGACCCCCCCCAAAAGUUCAGUCACAUUCGGUAGAUUCUAGAGGUGAAACGGCUCUUGUCCUUGCAGAAAACAACAUGAAAAGAUCACCCUCUGCAGCUCCACCAAAUCAAAAGGAAGCAUUUUUGUCUCCAAAAAAAGAAUUAGAAAAAAUGGGUAAUGGGCUUCACAGAGUCUUUCAGAGGAAAGCAGGCAUGAAUAUUUCACAUUUAAAUACUUUCCCCAGAAAUUCUGAAUAUCAAAGCCAAUUUGUUUGGAAGAGUCCUCAUGAAAAGUCACCAAUACUUGCAGCUGAACAGGCUUACACAAGUAAAUCCAUACCUCCAUUUAAAACUCCUGCAAUUACUUCUGAAACUGCAUAUGAGAGAAAUUUCAGAGAGUCCUCUCCUGUUAAGGAUCCACAAGAGAGAGGUGGUUCAGAAGAGAAAGAAGUUCCAGCUCAUGAACAAAGUAAGAGGGAAGAGCCGUUUCAAAAGCCAGCAGAAGAUGCAGCAAAACAAGGGAAAUCAGAACAGAAACAUCCUAAACAAAAAAAUAAGCAACAUAUCAGUCCAAAACCCCUCUCUUUACAUACAAGUCGUGGGAAAAUGAACACUGAAUAUAGGUCAAAAUUUUUGUCUCCAGCACAGUAUUUCUACAAGGAUGGAGUUUGGUCUCGUAGUAGGAGUAAAGUUCCCAACCAGGCAUCUCAAAACACCCUAAAUUCCAUGUGGUAUAUGGAGGUGAGAGAACUUAGAGAAAGAGCAAAGGCUUACAGACAACGAGUGGAGGGAACACACUUCUCCCGGUAUCAUCUCAAUCAGAUCCUGUCCGAUAAUAAUAGUCUUUGGGAUGUGUCUUCAACUUCCAGUUCAGAAGAAGGCAUCAGCAACAACAUCAGAGCACUAGAUCUUGCUGGAGUUUCUGAAAAAGAGACUACACCAAGCCCCAAAAUGCUGCAGCAACCCGACUCCGGAGAACAGCCACACCAGGACAGCACUGAGAAGAAAGAAAUGUCAGAUGCUUUAACUGUUCCAGUCAAAAGGCGUUUAGUUUGGGGUGAACAUGAAGGUACUGAAGAAAGGAAGAAUCGGCAAUCAACAGAGGAGGAAUUAAAACAGGAUGAACAGGCUGCAGUUGUGGCUCAGCAGUUAGAAGGAAACAAUACAGAUGCCAAUGAAGAUAAGAAAAUUGAAGGUGAGAAUGCCCUGGUAUUGAAUUCUGCAGCUGAGUCACAUUCUUCUUCUGUAUCCUCGAGGGCAGGCGGAAGGCUUCCUACUCCAGAGCUGAGAGCACUUGGUGGAGCUCAGAGGACUCAUCAUGAUCUCACUACCCCGGCUGUUGGAGGUGCGGUUCUGGUGUCUCCUCCUAAAUCCAAGUCUUCAUCUUCACAGAGGAGAAUGCGCGGUUUAGGAACAGACAUUUCUUCAGCUAAGCCAGAUGCAAGAGGAGCUUCAAAAAGAAGGUCAUUCCGGCCUGAUGUGGCAGUGGAAGCUGUUUCACUCCUUACCUCUCCACCUGCUGGACUGGGAACUUCAGAUCCUCUGCCACUUAGGCAGGAUCAGCAGCAUCCUGACAGUGCUUCUGGUCAGCAAGCUCCUCUUGCUUCAGCCCAUCGAGAACAUUCCUCUGUACCUCCUCUGCUGAAGUCAGCCAAAAGCUGCUCUAUGCCUUACUGGAGUUCCUCUCGUCGUAUACAAGGGACUCUCAAGGAUCCAGAAUUCCAGCAUAAUGGGAAUGUUGGCAAUCCAAAAAUGAGAUCUUUCCAGUUACCCCUUCAAGAAAGAAACUAUAAUGAUGAAGAUGACAGGCUGUCUCAGAUUUCAGCCCGCUCAGCAGCAUCCAGCUCACUUGCGUCUCAGAUACUGGAACGAGCUCAGAAGAGGAAGGAUUUCUGGGGCAAGACAUAAUCUCUCCCAUCUGUUGCAUAGAACCUGUUCUGUAAAAUGGUUUAUUUUUUGUAGAUUGUAGUGAUUGUAGAUAUCAUGCAGCAUUAUUUCACUUUUCACUAAUGUGGCCCAAAUUUUCGCACUUGACAUGCCAAUUUAAAAUUACAAUAUUUAAACGAGUGUUGAAAACGUAGGUCGUUUAUAUUUGAGAGUUGUGUCUUGAUUCACUAUGUCACAACAACUUUUUUUUUUCACAGUGGCACCUUUGAAACAGAUGAUUUUUAAUUGAGACGUUUUUUAUGCAACCUGUGUGUUACUUUCAAGGUAUUCUCCUGUAGUCACGCAGUGUGACCUCGGACAGUGUUCAGGGGCGACGCCAUCAUUCACCAGCCACCUCAGUUGCUUAAUUUUCACCAGCUAUCUUAAAGGCAACUGCCGUAUAUUUAUGUUACUGUGUGAAAUGUCAGAACAACACAGUGCUGUAAUAAAAAACUUUUUACUAGUUACUGCUUUUAACCUGUUACCAAAAAAUUGUUGUUAUUUCUUAACGAAGCUAACGUGGAACAUGCAGGACUUUGAGAAAAGCACAUUAAGCUUUAGGGUUUGUUCAUUGCCCGCAGUUUUUUAGCAAGGACUACUGUUAAGAGUUUAAUGUGUACAGUACUGCAGUUUGUCAGAUGUACUGAUGUGAACAUUUGUCUUUUUGUGGGCUAGACCUGUGUUUAGUGUUCAUUUCAGCCUCUCUAGAAAGAGCAACCUCAGCCACCUUAAAUGGUGGCCUUCCCAGCCCCAUGUCAAACUCAGGUAUUUGGGAGUAAUUGAUCUGUUACAUUCAGAAGAAUGUUUUUUUCUUGACUUAGACAUUUUAAUUACCUAUCCUUCUAGUUGCCUAUUUCUGAGAGACAGGAAUACUGUUAAUGAUUGUCACGGCAAAAAAUGUUUGUGAUUUAUGCUGACAGCUGUUUUUAUCUUUCUAAGCAAUGCAAACGAGUUGAUAUCAAGUAGAGGAAAUAGGUGGCUAGCAGCCAGUUUGUUUCUGCUUGCUUGGCUUCAAGUUUUAAUAUUAUUUCAUUUGGAAAUUUUAUAUGUAGAUAAUUUGAAUUUUAUACACAUUUGCUUACAUUUUGAUUUUGUACACAAUUAUGUACACAUAUUACUGAAAAUAAAGAAAUGGUUGACUGAUUUGUUUCUGUUCAAGUUAUGCCAGAUAAAUUGGUAGAGCCUAUUACAUUGACACUUACUGUGUAGUUUUCUGUUUCACCUGUUCAGCUGGAACAUUCGUGGACUGUUUAAAGAAAAGAAGUUAGCUCAGAACUGGUCUUCAGAAAAUAAGUUACUACAGCUUGAUAACGUUGAUACUUGGAAUCGUGAUUUUCUACAGAUAUUUGGUAUUGUGACCCAGAGCAGAUGAGUGCUACACAGGCUGGAAGGCUGCAAUGCCCAAAUGGCCAGUUCCCAACAGAUGAGCUGUUUAAUUAAAGAGUGACUGUUAUCCAGCAUUGAUCACAUUAAAAAACAGUGUCCUCUUCUUCCAGAAAUUGGGCAUUGCAGUAGUUUCCUACCAGUGAAGUUCUUUGAAGCAAAUUAAGGUGUUUUAUGUUGUCUCAAGGACUUCUGAGAUUAUUCUGUGUCAUGCAUGUAAUAUGUUAAUUAUAAUUGGUCGGAAAUUUUCUAUUGAAAGGGAAACUUUGUGUGCAACAACCUUUAUGAAAAAAGCCCAUUUUCCUCUGAAAUGAUUGUUUUACAGUGUAAAACUUACUGGCCAAAACCAGAAGUAUUUUUGGUAAGAAGGAAAAGUUGUUGCUGUUUAUUCUGGAGUGUCGUCUGUAUUCUUCAUAUAGUUCAACCUGUUCUUAUGGCCUGAGAGCUCUCAUCCACUACUUCUCCUCUGUGCUACUUGUAAUCUGAGGUUUGUCAACUGUGCCUUCUUCGUAAAUAUUUAAUUUUGGGCUUUUUUCUAGGUUUACCUGGGAUUUCUGGGUGUCCCACAGUUCUCUCAGAGCUUUUGUGCAGGCCCGAUUUUGAACCCUACAGGUCACAAAUAUUAUAUAACAGCAUAUGUGCCGAUUUUGCUUACAUUAUUGCACUAUGGGUCUGGUGCAUCUGGGUAGCUCUGAGUUUGUUACGUGUGUGCUGCAUAGGACGUGUGUUUUGUAUUUCUGCCAGGGAGACAACCGGCAUGGUAAAGGAGGGAGACAUUUUUGUUGCAUGAAGGUACAAACCCAAUUUAGACAUGAGAAUGGAAGCCCCUGGUGUCCCACAUAUCAUCAUGGCAUUGUUUGAACAAAUAAUGUCAUCUAAGCAAAGUUUAGCUUUUGACUGAAAUAUUCUACUUGAGUUUACUUAUGGACAGAAGUAUUUGAAGGAAAGGUAGGCCAAAUACAUUUUUUGAAUAAUGCUAGUGCAAAGCUUCCGAAGGAUGCCCUUUUGUAGUUUGUAAGGCAGAUAUAAAAUCCUUUGUGCCUGCUUUCUGUUCUUGUUUUUUAUCUGGUUCAAGAGGGGGUUUGUUUUCUUUUUCUGAAUGUUCCAGACCAACCUUCAGACGUGUUUCCUGUUGUAUUUUCCAGCAAGCUGAACAUUGAAAAAAGGUUCAAAAGUGCACCCUUUAUUAAUAAUCACAAAUGCGUGCUGUACAGUGAAUAUUUAUUGUUUUCUGUCAAGGAAAUGGGAGAAGCCUUGAAGAGGAGAGACAAAGUAGAUAAACAAGGAGGAAGGCAAUUACCAGUAGUAGCAAUACCUGAGGAAUAAACAGCUUUGGGAGCUUGUUGACUUAAGAUCAAAUAUACAAAACCAGCACAUAAAUAAUGCACGUGGUCAGUAAGUGCUGAAUUGAAUGUCUUCAGCUCCUGUUCCCAAGCUGGGUAUACCUCCUGGGUAAAUCUCGUUGCUGGGGAUUCACAGCUUUCAACCACCUGUAGACCAGCUCUUCAUCACUGACCACUGCCAGCAGAUGAAGGCCUUCCUUUACCCAGUAUUCCUGCCAAUACAGUGUCCCCUCAACCAGCCCAUGAAGAGGAGACUCGAUUCUAGUCUGUUGCUUCCAAAAGCCUUCACAUCUUGCCAGAUAAUAAGCCUGUUUCCUGUCUGUGGCAAGGGCGAGCUCUCGGUUUCUUCUACUAAAUCUUUUUUGUAUUGUUGCUGGCCUAGGGCUUGGAACGAAGGUCUCCCUGUUCUUGAAGCUUUGCUUACUCUAACAUCUUCCUCUGUCUGUCCAAGUCAUUGAAGUGGAAUGACUUGAGCAGGUGGAAACACCUUUCUCACCAUUUAGGCAGUUCCUCCAGGGAGGUUUGGAUGCCCCUGGGCAUGGGGAGAUUUCUGAGGAUUUAACUAAAUGUUUAUGAUUAGCAGCUAGGUAGUAUUUAGGAAUACAUCGUUUUAUCUUUGCAUCUCUUUAUGACUCUGGGCUUUCAUUUCUUUUCAGAGUCUCAAUUUCCAGUGCUUUUUAUGAUGCAUCAGCCUUCUCUCCUUAAAAUGCUGAAAUUCCCCCUUAUAUAAUGGAUUGAAGUUUGGGAAGAAUCACUUGGAGGCUUUCAGCUAUGCAAGGAAGUUUGGGUGGAAAUCUGGUAUUGUGGAUAAUCCCAUCCAGUGUAAAAAAAAAAAAAAAUCCUGCUAAAAUGUGCUAGUUUUGCAGUAAUAUUUUGUUGUUUCUUUCAAGUUUUAAUGCCUUACUGAGGUGAGUUCUGAAAUAUGAUGUGACAUAUGUAAAUGUCAUUAACCUUACAAAUGCAAGUCGUAAAGUUUCUUUAGCCAUCAGAGCUGGAUUGCAUUUAAUGCAGGGGUAAGCAACAAGACAUGUUUGGGUCCAUAAAUUCGGUUUAAAUCCCCAGGCAAGGCUGCCCAGUGCUCUUCCAGUGAUACUUAAGUCACUAUGAGUAUGUUGUUUAUAGGGAUUUUUCAGCCUUUUUUGAUUAAUAGAUCCAUUUCUCUGCUGCUCAUAUGGAUACCUAUGUAAUGAGUAGCAAUCUCUUAAAAACAGGUUUGCCUAUGCCUUGCAGGUAGCCUGAGUUCCCCCUGGACAUAAGGGACACAGUCUGAAACCCAGUGUAUGUUGCAGGAUGGUGAAAGGAAGUGAAGUUACUUACCAGCCACUAGCUUUCUCCUUCACUCACAAAUUCUUCGAGUCCUGGUACUAAGAUGUUUUCCUUAUCUGACUCUUGGUGUCGUCGCUUUCUGGUAGAUAGCAGUGGAGGAAAAAGGGAUUUCCAAAUACUAUCCAUUCUCGACGAGUGUGGUACUUGAAGGUGGGGCGGGAAGCACAGCUGCUUUGAACAAUUUAGUGUAUAGCUUAUUUGCAUAAUGCCAUAUUGCUUCAUUACAUCUGCCUGGUCCUGCAAGGCUGAGCUGGCACUUGAUGUUCUUGUAUCGGAACAGUUCUUACUGUCUAGUAAAAUUUGUCAGCAGAGCCCCAUGACCACCUGAUGCAAGUGGAAUUUUUGCUGUGCUGUUGUUGAUCGAUUCUUAGCAUAGCCUGACGCAGAAUCGUUCCAUUACCCAGAGACAGACAAAUGUGUGACAAGAAGAACAAGCUGAAUGGUAAUUUUCAUGUGAAGCGACCUAAAUUAAUGUCCUGAUUCCUGCAGUUAUUCAAACCUUUGCGGACAAGAGGCUGGGGAAGAGAAGGGAGCAUGGCGAGGCAGCGGUUACAUCUGGGGCAGUUGGUUCUUUGGCUUUACACUGAAACCCAGUGAGAAAGUGUUAAUCAUUAACAGUGAUCACACUGAAAGCAAAACCGGGAGAGCAGCUAGUGGAUGGUAGCUAACCAGAGAACUCCAUUUUCACAAAAAUUCCAAGUUAUGUUUUGCUUUUUAAUGAGUUUAAUAUUGUUUUGAAGAAGGACAUCAGGGGUUCCAUCUUAAAAAUGUGAAUGAACUUCCUAAGUAUUUUGGUGUUUACUGCAGUUCAUCUGUGCUGGAUGUGAGCUGACUUUUCGAGGUUUCUGUUUUGCAGGCUGUGCUCUAGAGAAGCUCCUGGAGCAACCAUACCCUGCCUAGCAGACCUGAAUUCAGCAUGCCAAACGUGCUGCACAUAGAAAGAUUCCUGAGAAACACCAAAGGAUGGCACUCUGUGGUCCUGCAGCGUCUUGUUAGGGUUGAGGACUGAGAAUAGCAGAAGGUUCACCUGGACACCGACAGUCCUUUGGGAAGGCAAGCAAAGCCUGAUAGCGCUUAAAGCUUACAUACCUUUUGUUGGAUUGGUUUUUUUCUAUUCAUGGGUCUGGAUUAAAAGUAUAGCGGAAAAGCAGUUAUUUGCUGGUAGGAGUUUACUCUUGGCAGGGGGGCUUUGGUGGUACAGUCAUGGCAAAAAAUCCUCUGUAGUGCAGACAGAGAAAAAGACAACUGAAGCUUCUUACUUUCUUCAGAGGUCUUGAUAAAGUCUUCUGGUAAAGCACAUCACCUUUGCAGAUGUCACUGAUUUACAUUUAUACCAGCUUGCCUUUCCUGAGGUCACUAAGGCAGUGGCCUGUGCAGGUUUCAAGUAGGCCUGAAAGAUUUUGCUUUUAGCUGUGUUUAUAUCCGAUAUACCCACACGUUUCUGUCUCUGCAUAUGUG